AGGUGUACAUUUUUCACUGACUGCUAGAAAACAAUAUCACACUGUAAUACAGUAAGUAGGACGGACACAUCAGACGCAGCAAGAUACAUACAUGUUCAACCGCAAUUGUUGUGUGAUGCAGUAUAUAUGCCGGAGUGGCAUAAGCGAGCGCAAAGCAGCUGAUUAGGCUGCAAUGAUUUUCCAGCCUGAACGUUUGUCUAUUUCUGGGAAUGUAUUUUUAAUUUUUUUAUUGACAAUGUUAUGUCUCUUUUGAAUACUUGGCAGUGACGACAACUUUCCCUUUUUAACUAGCCACUUAAUCUAACGUUCGUUGGUUUGGGAAAGAAGACAAACUGCGAAUAGGGGAGAAUACAUCAUUUUAGAAUGGAAAACGACUAAACCUUGGAUUGGGACAGUACAUCAUCGCGACAGCUCGCAAUGUUAAAUGCGGAAAUGCGCUAUUUUCUUUGGUUUGUGGAUAUUUCAGCUCGAUCGAGGAGAAUAAAAAGCCUUUGGGUGUCUGUGAUUGGACCGGACACGGACUGGGGCUGACUGAUGUUUUUCCAGGAGGAAAUGUUUUUUGGGGAGAGAUGAAAAGGAGUUUGCUGCUGCACGCAGCAGGAGAGAUACCAGUCACUCCAUGCGCCACACUCCAGUGAGGGUUGAAAACGUGCCGGCAAAAACGAACAGAUUCAUGGAUAAUUCUAUGUUUAAUUUUUCUAAAUUAUUUAUGUAAAAUUGUUGUUUGAUUGUACUUUUAUUUUAUGGGUUAGAACAGAUGUGCACACCUCCACAACUUUAUCUGGCUGCUGCGUUUUCAAAUCUUUCCAAGUGGAGAUGGACAUUGUGCGUUUUGUACGGUAUUGGACUGGAGUAGCCUAUACAGUAGACAGAACAUUAGUGCUGUCAAGCUCUGGCCUCCUGGCAAUUAUUCACGCUGACUGGUAUUGUAGAAUGCAUGUUAUUUUAUUGUGAAAGAAUAUAGUCUGUCGUUUUUUUUUUUAUAGAGAAUGUGAGAUUGAACUGUCAGAAAACACAUCUCAUAUAUAUUUGAAUAUGUCUCCAAAAUACAUUUCUGAAGUUUUUGAAAAAUACUUACGUUUGCCAUUCAGCUUCAAAAAAGAGAUGAUAAUAUAAACAACACAACAACAAGAUGUCUUGGACCAUGGCAAAAAAGUGGAUAGGGUGCUAUAUAUUUUUACUGGCACUCAUGGCAGUGGGAAUGGCUUUUUCGGGUGUAUUCAACGCGUCCGAAAAAUAUAUUUUUACGGAUGAUUUGGUGCCGCUCAAACUCACCCAGGGUAAAGCAUCAGAGCAUCGAAAACUUCAAUCUACCGAUUCUCACCCCAACCUGUAUUUCAACCAAGUUGAUGUACAGCUUAUGAGGCAAAGAUCAUCCAGCACACACAGCCACAUUUUCAAAGUAAUCAGAGCAGCGGUCUUGACCAUGCUGUCCAAUGUGCCCCUUUACAUGCCCCCUGCAAAACAUGAGGAGUUUACUAGCAAGUGGAAUGAGAUUUACGGGAACAACCUACCCCCCCUUGCUCUGUAUUGCCUGCUGUGCCCAGAGGACUCAGGUGCCCUGCAGUUUCUUAUGAAGUUUAUGGAUCGAAUGGCAAAUUACCCGGACUGGAAGGUGACCAGUGCGCCCAAUGAUGAGGUGCCCAUGGCACACUCACUUACUGGGUUUGCCACCGCAUAUGACUUUAUUUACUCGUUCCUGGACGAGCACCGACGGGAUGUUUACCUCAAGAGAAUUCUCUCUGAGACAGAGGAGCUGUAUGAAACAUCUAAGUAUAGGGGUUGGGGGAAGCAGUAUCUCCAAAAUCAUCAAACCACUAAUAUAUUAGCCAUCUUGACUGGGGCUAUUGUGGUCGGCACCCACGAUGACCCAGAAACAAUGGUUUGGAAACAGGUGUCAGUCAAUUAUAUGGAGAAGACCAUGUUUCUCCUAAACCACAUUGUGGACGGGUCACUAGAUGAGGGCGUGGCAUACGGGAGCUAUACAGCCAAGUCAAUCACGCAGUAUGUUUUCUUAGCGCAACGUCAUUUCAACAUUGACAACACACAGAACAACUGGCUGCGGGAACACUUCUGGUUCUACUAUGCCACUCUGCUGCCUGGCUUUCAGAGGACUGUGGGCAUAGCCGACUCCAACUACAACUGGUUCUAUGGCCCAGAGAGCCAGCUGGUGUUCCUAGACACAUUUGUUAUAAGAAACGGCACUGGGAACUGGCUAGCCCAGCAGAUUAGAAAGCACAGGCCCAAGGACGGUCCCAUGGGUCAGUCCUCUGCCCAGCGCUGGACUACCCUACACACUGAGUACAUCUGGUACAAUGCCCAUCUCGCGGCACAACCUCCCCAUGGCUUUGGCAAAGCCAGGAUGCAUAUUUUCUCCAACUGGGGUGUGGUGACGUACGGAGCCGGGCUGCCCAACAGUCAGGGAAACACAUUUGUCUCCUUUAAAUCCGGGAAGCUGGGUGGCCGUGCCGUGUAUGACAUCGUUCAUGCAAAGCCCUAUUCAUGGCUGGACGGCUGGAAUAGCUUCAACCCAGGCCAUGAGCACCCGGACCAAAACUCCUUCACUUUUGCCCCUAAUGGACAGGUAUUUGUGUCUGAAGCACUUUAUGGGCCUAAGUACAGUUAUCUGAACAAUGUGCUGGUGUUCGGCCCCUCUCCCAGCAGCCAGUGUAACGCUCCAUGGGAGGGCCAGCUGGGGGAGUGUGCUAAAUGGCUGCGCUGGACAGAUGAAGGGGUAGGGGAUGCUGCUGGGGAGCUGAUCGCUGCCUCCUCCCAUAGAGACACUAUGUUUGUAAGCGGGGAGGCAGCCCCAGCUUACUCUCCUGCCAUGCGGCUGAAGAGUGUGUACAGGGCACUGGUGCUGCUCGACUCCCAGACCUUGCUAGUACUGGACCAUGUUGAGAAGCUGGACGAUUCGCCCAUCACCUCGCAGAGUGCGUUCUUCCACAACCUCGACAUUGACUUUAAAUAUGUCCCCUAUAAAUUCAUGGACAAGUACAAUGGGGCGUUGAUGGAUGUGUGGGAUGCUCAUUAUAAAAUGUUCUGGUUUGACAGUCAGGGUCUCAGCCCAGAUACUAGGAUACAGGAGGCCGAGCAGGCUGCGGAGUUCAAAAAGAGGUGGACACAGUAUGUUAACGUCACUUUCCCCAUGAGGGGCACAGUAAGCCGAGUGGCCUAUGUGAUGCAUGGACCUUAUGUCAAAGUGUCCAACUGUCGAUUUCUGGACAGUAGCAAAAAUGGUGUCAGACUAUCUCUAGUUGUAAACAACACAGAGAAAAUAGUUUCAGUUGUUACAAACUAUAAAGACAUAGGAACAAGAUUAAGUUAUUUAGGAUUUGGGGGUUAUGCCAAAAUGGAGGACAGACAUCAGAUCAUUCGAUAUGGCCUGGGGACUCACCUGGUUCCGAAACAAAACACAGUGGACAAUCAGCUGUUUGAUUUUGGAUUCACAGUCAAUGUGAUAGCGGGGGUGAUACUUUGUGUUGCUAUUGUUUUUUUGACCCUGCAGAGAAAGUUCUAUGUGUGCUUCAGUAGACUGAUGCGCUAUGCUCUGUUCUCGGUGCUCAUACUGUGGAUAGCUGCGUUGUUGUUCGUGUCAAACACCUGCGAUCAACUCCUAUGUGGGGUCAAAUGGAAAGGUGUCAGCACUGACCCAGAGGUCAGCAAACAAAUCAGACUUUAUGAUCAGCAUCGCUUUGCCCUGCCAACCGUUGUCAUAACGACCCUGCCUGGCUCAGGAUCUGAAAUACUUAAGAACCUUUUUGACAACAGCUCCGACUUUGUUUACAUUCGGGUCCCCACGGAGCAUGUAGACAUUCCAGAGACCGAGUUCGAAUUUGACUCGCUGGUUGAUGCCUGUGAGUGGUCCAGAAUGGACGCCCUGCGUGGACGCUUUAAAAUCAUCCAGGGCUGGCUGCACUCUCUGGUCCACAACACCAAGCUGCACUUGCAGAACAUCCAGCUAGUGGAGAGUAGCAGGGCCAAGCUGCCCCAGAGAGCCCCAGGCCCCGGCAGUGACAGGAGGAAGAGGACCAGGAGGAAGGAGCCUGCCGCGGAGCUGAGGGGCAAGAUGAGGGGCAGCCUUGACCGGGAUGCUGAGUACGUCAGGGAGAUGAGGCGCCACGUCAGUGAGUACCCCAAUGCCCGAGUGGUCCUCAACAUGAGGAGUGGAAGCUGGGGGCUCAAACUCCCCUUCCUUCAGGAGGUGGUGGGCCCGUCCCUGAGGGCCAUCAAUGUAGUCAGAGACCCCCGGGCGUGGAUCUAUCUCAUGCUCUAUAACAGUAAGCCCAGCUUUUACUCCCUUAAAAACAUUCCUCAACACCUGUCCCUGAUAUUCAAGGAGGACGGUAACAGUAGCAGUACCAGGGACCGGUGCCCAGUCUCAGCCCCUGAGUUCAGAAUGAUCCGGAGGCUCUUGUCCCACUCGGAGGCCAGCGCCGUCCUCCUGCUGGCUCACCUGUGGCUGGCACACACUGCCGCAGUGCUCCGGGUUAGUGGGAGCCUCCAGGCAGAGGCCUACCUCCAGGUGAGGUUUGAGGACAUAGUCACUUUCCCCCAGGAGACAGCUGAAAGGAUCCACAGGUUCCUAGGGGUGCCGGUCACACCGGCGGCCCUCAACCAGCUCAUGUUCACCACCUCCACAAACUUGUACAACCUGAUGUACGAGGGGGACAUAUCACCAGCAAACAUUAACAUAUGGAGGCAGAACAUGCCUCGCAAGGACAUCAGACUGAUAGAGGACACAUGUGGGGUGGUCAUGAAAAGACUUGGGUACUCCAGGUUUAUCAGCUAGUUAAUGUUACUGCUGCAGGUCAGCUGAUAUCAAGUUGUCUUGUUUGUAGCUGUCAAUCUUUUACUUUAAUCAUCUCUAAUGUUGUAUUUUGCACUGACCGGUAAUGGAAGUGAUAUCAUCACUGAGUCACUGAUGGGAAGUAGUAACACGGGACAAAAACAAUUAUUUAAGCCCAAUUAUUUAACUGUGUUCUGGGUUUUACUCUGUUACAUUAUACGUGGGCGGUUCUACUCACACAUGAUACCUUGUGUUUGCAAGUGAGGGAUGUUUUACAUUAAAAUUAGUUGAAGGGGAACUUUAAAAGUGAAAGUAUUUGAUUGUGUUUUCUCCCUAUUAUCCCUGGACAAUUACUUUAAACACUCUUUGCUGGAGUGAGAUUUCCACCCUUUGAUGUGUUGUCUCUUAAAAAGUCUCCCAAAAAACGGCAAUGUCUAAACAGAUUAUUUUUGUAAAGCUGUUUGGAGCUUAGAAAUACAAUAUGUUCCUAGUGCUUAAUUG